ACUCGAGGGCAUAAGGAACCAUGUUGGAAUUCUACCCUCCGCUACCAGGUAGCUUGAACCGGCAGGGUGAGUCGGGUCCGCCGACUAUGGGAUCUGCUGCACCUCCGAUUCCAUUUCGUCCUGCAAAUGACAAUAACAAUGCAGAGCCGUCAGUAUCAGUGAAGACGGAAUCAGGCCUUUUGGAAACGAUUUGCGCCGGUUGCGGUCGCACCAUAGUCGACAAGUACGUGAUGCAAGUAGCUGGAAGAAACUACCACGAGGAAUGUCUGUCAUGCGCCGCAUGUGCGACACCUUUAAUUCAUUCUUGUUUCAUUCGCGAAUUAAAACUCUAUUGUCGGACCGACUACGAGCGGAUCUUUGGAGUCAAGUGUGCACGAUGCAUGGAGAAGAUCAGCUGCUCGGAUUUCGUGUUAAGGACACCGGGUUCGGUAUUUCACGUGGAGUGUUUUGCGUGUUGCAUGUGCGGCCAACCAUUGCCUCCUGGCGCCCAUUAUUUUCUACGUCAGGGACAACCGAUCUGCCGAAGAGAUUAUGAGCACGAGUUGUACCUGAACAGUCCUCAAGACGAUGAUUUAUUGGAUGAUAAUAGACCCCGUGAUGGUCGUCGGGGGCCCAAACGACCACGGACGAUUCUCACAUCGGCGCAGAGACGUCAGUUCAAAGCAUCGUUUGAAGUAUCGCCGAAACCUUGUCGAAAAGUUCGUGAAGCUUUGGCAAAAGAUACAGGUCUUAGUGUACGUGUAGUGCAAGUAUGGUUCCAAAAUCAGCGGGCGAAAAUGAAAAAGUUACAAAGGAAAGCGAAGACCGAGCCUGGAUCGGAUAAAGAACCAAAGGAGGAACGUCGGACAGAAAGUCCUCAUAGUGAUCACAGUCAUUACUUGAACGCCAUGAACAUGCGCGAUGGGGAAUCUUCUAGUUUCCCCUCAGCCACUCAACCGCUCAACCCCAAUAACCCGUACUCGCCCGACGAUGCGUAUCCAGGCCAUUCAGGUGAGAGUUUUUGUAGCAGCGAUCUGUCGUUGGAUGGCACAGAAGCUGGCUUCGAUAUAGGUGAGAACGAAAGUGGUGGUGGCCAAGAGGGUGGUCAUCAGAGUAGCAGCCAUUCCCACCAUGGACCGACGUCUCACGAGGCGCCCUCCUUGUCUCAGAGUUUGCACGCUGCGAUUCAUAAUCCAAUCGACAAACUGUUUAUGAUGCAGAGUAGUUAUUUUAGUGGUGACCAUGCAUAAUCUUUGAGAGAGAAGAGGAAAACACGAGAAAAUGCGAAAUAAGAGAAAAAGAAAGGAAAAGAAAAGAAGAAAAUAAUGUUCUCCUCUUUUUCUCGUGACUGGUUCACUCUAACCCCAUCGGCGUAGCUGGUCCCUGCGCGUAAUCGAUGUGUCGUUAAUUGCAACACUUCCUGUCUUUUGGUUCGUGAUUCAAAAUGCAUGAAAAAGACUGUACAGCAUUCUUUUUUGAUUUAUUUUUCUUAGAUCUUAAAAUAGAU